AUGCCGCUGCCGCUCCUGUGCGCAGUGGUGCUGUCCCUCCGCUCGGCGGCAGCCGCGGGUUGGGACAGGCUCGCGUCGGCCUCCUACCGGCGCCUCAACCUCGCUCUGGCGGCCGCGAGCGCCUGGCUCUGCGCGGCAGCCGCGUUCAUGCCCGCCUUCGCGACCGGCUACGACAUGUACCCGCCGAUGCUGAAGGCGCUGGCGUCCACGGCGCACGCGGCCACCGCCGUGCUCUGCACCGCCGUCUGGGCCCGCGCGGUCGGGGCGAAGGGGCGCCUGCUGCCGCGCGCCGUGCGGGGCUUCGUGGGCUCGGUGCUGCGGCUGGCGCCCCAGCCGGCCGCGUCCGACGACCCGGACUCGCCCGCCGGCUACGACGGCCGGAACGAGUACGCACUCUGCGCCGGGCUCUUCGGGUGGUUCGCGGUGCUCGCGGUGGUGUCGCCUUUCCCGCUGGCCACCGUCCCGGCGGUGCUCGGCACGCGCCUGAGCCGCGCGGCCUCGGCGUUCGUCUUCCUGCUGGCCGUGGUGUGCUACGUGCUGAAGGACGCCGCGGAGCGGGGCCGCCUGGCAGCCUCGACGUUCGUCACGCUGCGUCGCGGCGUCGCGGCGGGUUCCGCGAUGCACCUGGCGGUGGUGGCCCUGAAGCUCGUGGGCGUCGACGGCGGCGGCCUGCUCCUGCCGGGCCGCGGGUUGUGGCAGUUCUACGCGAACGCCAUGGCGGUGCCCUUCGCCGCGGGCGUGUCCGUGGCCGCGUACGGUCUGGUGCUCUUCGCCGCGAGCACGCCGCCAAG